GGGUCAGGAAGCACCGCUACCCAUUCGUAGGUAGAACGACAGGUGCGGCACUGCAUUCUCACCCAUUAGUACCAUCGCGUCUCAACUUUUGUGACAAUGUGUGGUGAAAAACUGGUAUCAAGUGAAAAAAGUGCCCAUAAGUGACCGAUAUAUGGAUACGUCUCUGUCCCAUCUCCCGACCAUCGAAUCCGAAAGAUGGCGAACCAGCGCCUGAUUUUUGCUCUCCUGGCUUGUUGUGGCCUCCAGACAGUACUUGCAGGGUUAUGUGAAGUGGAGUCGGGUCAAUCGAACAUAAUAUUGGACAUUGAAGAAAGUCGCGGAAAAUCAAUUAGUCAAGAAACCGUUCCGCCAGAGUUACCAAUUGUGGGCGAACCCAAUGUUGAUAUUUUCCUCGAUUUGGCUUUUCCCAAAGGACCUGCACUGUUUUUCCUCAAUGGGAAAAAACUGCAACUGUUGGCACCCCUGGAUCGGGACGAGAACAGUCUCUCGCAUAUUGUUUUUCAGUUAAUUUGCACAAUUAAAUCGACUCACAAGAAACGAACUGUACCAAUAAUUGUAAGACUGAGUGAUAUUAACGAUAAUGCACCUGAAUUCGUUAACACGCCAUACGAAACGAGCAUUUCGGAGCUCACACCUGUCGGUACCACAAUCUUCCAAGACAUUUUAGCCAAAGAUAAAGACGCCGGCGUCAAUGGCUUAGUCGAGUAUUCGAUUGUGAAAGGCGAGAAUUUAGCUCACGAGGACGACGAUAGGGUUCACAGCGAAGAUGGGUUCGGGUACUUCGCCAUUAAUUUACCACAUCAGGGUCAAGUUACGGUUAACAGAACUCUAGACUUUGAGAAGACUCAGAGAUAUUACGUCACCGUCGUGGCUGCGGACCGGGCUCACGACGACACGCAACGACUAUCAUCAACGACGACGCUUGUAGUCAAUAUUAAAGAUGACGACGACCAAAACCCAUCCUUCAUAUACAAGGGGUGCAUGCUGUUGGAUGGUACCUGCAUCAAUCCCGAAUACUCAGCCUCGGUCUCCAGUGGUGUUCUCCACGGGAUUCUUAAUAUUUCACCCGAAAAAAUUCAAGCAGUGGACAUGGAUACCAUCAACUCGCCUAUUCACUACUCUUUUGUUAGUGGUACCCCUGAAUCGUACUCGGAGUACUUCCAAAUUGACCCAGAAACGGGGGCUGUGAGACAAGUCAAAGCCGUGGACACCUCAACCACCAAACAAUUUAACAUCAUCAUCAAGGCACAAGAGAUAUCCGAAGCAAAACGCUCAACAACAGCGAAACUUUUCAUUACUGUAAAACCAGUCGAUGCAAACCCUCCUGAAAUUGAAUUAUCAGCAUCCGAAGGGUUCGUUAACGAAAACUCCCCAAUUGGGGAGAAAGUCCUAGACUCGCAAGGGGUACCAUUGGUUAUAUCAGUGACUGAUAAGGAUUUUGGCCCUAAUGACCCCACCCCCUCCUACUCCUUCGAACUAACGACCCCUUUUUUCACAAUCGACAAAAUGGGGCACUUGUUGGUCAACGAGAACAAUCUAGACCGCGACCCCCCCAACCCCGGCCGUUUCAAAUUCCAGCUUGUCGCUCGCGAGAGAGGUGGUACCGCCGCAAGUGCCCCCAUGUCUGUGACCGUGCACUUGAACGAUGUUAACGAUAACGCCCCCAUGUUGCCCAUUAUAGCCCCCGUGGCGGUCCCCGCCGGUGAUGUGAAACGUAAAGUAGCGACAAUCAAAGCGACUGAUAAUGAUGAAGGUGAUAACGCAGUAGUUACAUACUCGAUUUAUCACGUUUCGAAUAAUGGAAAUAACAAGUUUCGGAUUGACCCCAAUUCGGGGGUACUUGAGACAGUGGGGAAGUUAAAUGCCGGCGAUCAGUACAGUUUGACCGUCCAAGCGACGGAUAAAGGGGGGCUAUACACCCAAGCCAUAGUGGAAGUGACCAUCAGUCCAGGGCCCAACACACAAAGCCCCGUUUUUGAACAGUCGGUGUAUGAGAUUGAGGUCAGCGAGGGGGCCACCAUCAACUCCACGGUGGCUACGAUCACGGCUAUGGACCCUGAAAAUGACCCAGUGACUUACUCAAUAGUCUCAGGAAACGACCUGAGACAAUUUUCAAUUGGUUCCAAAUCGGGUGUGAUCACAGUCAUCCGAAAAUUGGAUCGGGAGGAUUUGACUAGAUACAAACUUAUAAUAAAGGCCGAAGAUGCCGGUAAAUUAUCAUCCACAGCCACCCUUAAUAUAAAAGUGACUGAUAUAAAUGAUAAGAAUCCGGAAUUUGUAGGCGAUCCGUAUAGUUUUUCUGUGAAAGAAGGCUUGAAUAGUACUUCGGUGGGUUUUGUGAAGGCUAUAGACGCCGAUGAGGGUAUUAAUGCCCUUGUUACGUACUCCAUACCCUCUGGUAUGCCCUUUGACGUUGAUAAUGAGACCGGAGAGAUAAGAACCAACCGUGCAUUGGACUACGAAACCCAAAAGAACUACCAGUUUGUGGUGACGGCCAAAGACGGCGCCCCUGACCCCCGCCUCGCCACCGCCACUGUCUCCAUCUCCGUUAUAGACAUCGAAGACGAGGUACCAAUCUUCACAAAAUCGCUAUAUGAAGUGGUGGUACCCGAAAACAUCCCCGACUAUUUCGUAACCGACGUUAAGGCUGAAGACCUCGACACUGUCAAAAAAAUCACCUAUGUCAUCCAUCAAGGCCCAACUGACCUUUUCAGGAUUGACGAAAACAGCGGCGCGGUGUACACAAUCCGCGGUUUGGACUACGAGAAAGACAGUCAGCACGUCCUAACCAUUGGUACUCUUGAAAAUAUGUCGAAUCGGGAAGGUAGUACCACCAAGGUCAUCAUUAAUGUUGAUGAUCGCAAUGACAUACCACCGGUGUUUACCAUCAUACCACACCCUAUCACACUUGAUGAUGAUGUGGGGAUUGGUACUCCUGUCACUAAUUUGGUUGCAACGGAUUCGGAUGGUACCGCACCGGGGAAUAAGGUCCGGUAUGAGAUUAUAGGACGCGGAAAGGCCACAAAGUACUUCCAAAUUGAUUCAGAUAGUGGAAUUUUAAAAGUAACAAAUGAUCUCAAAAAAGAAAUUGAUACGGAAUACCAGGUCGACGUUCGGGCGUACGACUUGGGGGAACCACAAUUAUCCUCAGUUAUAACUUUAGAUAUUUACAUCCAACAUGUGGCAACAGUCGCUCCUGAAGUUGGUUUGAAAUUCGCCGAAACGUCGUACCACGUCCAGGUACCAGAAAAUGCAACUACUGGUACCAAAAUCAAAACUUUGACUAUUGUGAAUAGUCGAACCCAUGGCGGGAAUAUCCCACUCAAGUGUGUCAUAAUCUCUGGAAAUGACGAAAGAAAAUUUCUCGUCAAUGUGACUGAAGACCGCAAUUGUGCUUUGUACUUAAAUGGUACCAUUGAUUUUGAAUUUGAGGAGGGGUACCAACUCGAAGUCCAAAUAAUGUCACUCCAAGGGUUCAUCAACAAGGAGUUUAGUGUAACCGAAGUUACUAUUAACAUAGUUGAUGUCAAUGAUAAUGUUCCCUUUUUUAUUUUCCCGAGUGGUACCAAGAAGUACCACGCGGCUAUUACAGCCAACUCCCCUCUUUUAUCGACAGUAACCCAAAUCAAGGCUGAUGAUAAAGACAGUGGAAAAUUCGGAAAACUCCAAUUUUCCCUUGACAAAACCGAGUACUUUUCUAUUGACUCUGGUACCGGUAUUAUCAAAACGAAAAAGACUUUUGACGACAUCGACGAUAGUCAAUUACCCUUCAAAUUGACUGUCAAAACCCGUGAUAACCCCAAUGCGACUGACCACAACGAAAUCCAAGCACCUGUUGUUAUCAAUUUGAUAACAAAAGACAAUCGUUUGGUACUAGUGAUAGGAGACGCAAAACCAGACAUAGUCCAAAAAAAACUAACUUUGAUAACUGAUAUUAUCCAAGACCAAACUGGUCUUAUCGUCGGUGUUGAGAAACUGACCACAAGAGAGUUCAUUGGUACCAAUGGUACCCUCGAAAGUGACCCUUCAGGUACCGAUAUUUGGUUCUACGUGAUUGACCCCGAAACCGACAUGAUCCUCCCCCGAAAUAGUACUCUAGUCAAACGCUCGAUUUUCGACAAGGCGGCCAUGGAUAAUAUCACAUUUGACAUUACCGGCCAAAUCCAGAACACCGCGUUCAACAUCCAUGAACCAUUGGUACUCCACAAGGUCAAAACCGCGUCCAUAGCCUCCUUCAAUGGCGAAGUGUUCCCUUACGCUUUGAUCAUCAUUGCUUGUAUCAUUUUUGUCCUUGGAAUAGUUGGGAUUAUAUAUAUUUGUGUGUCAUGGUCGCGGUACAAGUCCUACAAGGACCAACUCCAGCGCCAGUAUGUGGUACCAGCGAGUCCAACCCGGUACGAUACCGUGUACGUGGAACCAAAUUUGAAAGAGUACGAAACGCAAGUACUACAAAUGUGCGUACCAGUGGACGAACAAGAUGACUACAACGACCUCCAUCUUGAUUUUAGUAACAAGAACCAUGCUUUUAGUCUUGAUAAUGUCAGUUAUAUCAGUAAAGAUAAUAAUUUGAAGAAGUAUGGGGGGCAAAGUCCGGUCAGUAGCGAGUCUGCGACUACUGUAAGGGCGUCCAGUGUCGGGGAAGGGCACGUGUUGAAAUAUAGGCCGGAUGAUGACGAAAUGAAUGCCAGUCCGAGUAAUGACAAUGUGAUGUUCAAAGAGAAGAAGGACUACUCGCAUUUAGGGUUCUCGUACGACCAUUCGCCGGUUGAGACCACCACCGAGUUGUAGAUAGUGUAAUAACUGAUUAAUUUAAUGUAAUUAUGAGGUUUUAGGAAUGUAAUCUGAUUGUAAUUUUAUAUUUUAAUAAAUGUUUUUUAUUUAA